UAACGUGGAACGCGAGAUGUAUGAUGUUAAUGGUAGCAUUAUGGAUAAAUUGGGAAUUUGUAUUAUUUACAUUAGCCCACUUUAUCGAUGAAGAUGCAAAAAUUGAUACAAAUCGAGCCCACGAGUCGCUCAAAGCACAGCAGUCUCCGACAGACUUGGAGAGGUUGUAUUUGAGAACCCAUGAUGCGCACGACGAUGUUUGUAAAGUAGGCCUGUAUCUCAACACUACAUCGUCUUCAAGUGAUCCAGCAGAGGACUCAAUGAUCGAAAACACUUUCGAGUGCCAUGCAUGUGCGGACCCCAGCUUGAAUGAUAAAUGGCGAAAUGCGGGCCGAGAUGGUGCGAAUCCCACACAAAUUGAUGCAUUUGAGGAAUUUCCCAGAGAACCUGUGACUUGGCGGUACUUGAGACAUCAGCAGAAUGUGGAUGCAGUCAUGGUGUCUGACGUCUAUCAGCCGUUGUUUGAUUGCGAGGAUGAGCUCCUUUGGAUAAAGUUCUCCAUCGCUCGGCACUCGGAUCCGCGCUUGGUUGUCAAGACCAACUGGACUGAUUCACUCUCACAAAAGCAGUGUCAGUGUAUCAAAAGGAAUAAUGGGCCGUCAAUGCUGCUGAGGAUCGAUUUCAAAGACUGCUAUGCUCUAAAACAGAGACCAACUGGACUGAUUCACUCUCACAAAAGCAGUGUCAGUGUAUCAAAAGGAAUAAUGGGCCGUCAAUGCUGCUGA